UGGCCCAGAUGGCUUGGAAGUGUUCUGUUAAAUCCUGAGGAUAAAUGGAUUAGGUGGAGGUCACAGUGAGUCUGGACACAAUUCACUCUAAACCUGCUCCUCACCUCUUCUGUGGUCCCUUACCUGAAACAUGCAAAAAAGGGAAUAUUGCAGCAUCUACGAUCAAGAUCCAUGGAUUACAAGCCCAUAUGCGGCUAUUUGAGAUCUGGGUAGGUAAGUUAUGUGAUUUUAAGUGGGUGGGGGUUGUAGGAAUACAACUUAGAAUGGUAUAAAAAAUAUAAUAGUGCCUAGAAUAACAUCUAAUGUCCUUCUGUAACAUCUAAUGUUAACAAAUGCUAUUUAUAAUUGAUUAAAUUAUAAUUUACAAUAUGUUUUUUCUGUGCACAUGGAAUACACUUGAUUACUUACAUCCUAACUUCAUACGCAUACUCAAUAAGUAUUACAACAAUAACUUAAUACAACUAUGAGCCACAGUAAGGCAUAAACAUAUUAACAAAAUACCUGACAUUUCUGUACUUACUGAACUAAAAUAGGUUUGCCCAUACAACUCAGAAAUAAUCCUUCAUACCUGUGCUAUUAUGAAGCUAAGGCCGUCAUCCAGGAGUAUAAAAAUACCUAACCUAAGCUGCUUAUAUGGCCCUCUUGGCCUUCUCUCCCUGUUCACUUCCCUCCUCCCCGUGGAACAUAUUCCCUGUCUUUUCCCAGUUACCCUGUAUGUUAUAUCACCCUAAAAUAAAAUGAGUUUUACACCUGGACACAAUUUUUUUUACUGUUGAGACGAUAAAAGCAACAUUUCCCAUCGACAAUGGCAGUCUUAAAAGUGACAUUUACGAAAACAAACAGAGACAAACUGGCCCAGGUUUUAUGGGUCCUGAACUGGGUGUCUGUGGUAACUGGAGUCACGCUCUUCAGCCUGGGCCUGUUCUUAAAGGUGGAGAUCGUGAAGAGACGGGAGCUGAUGUCAAAAGAGAUUGUGUCAGUGCCAAACAUGCUUAUCUGUGUUGGCUUGACUGCCUGUGCGAUCAACUUCCUGGGGGGAAAGAUUUGCUAUGACUGUGUGGACACUACCAAGUUCCUGCGAUGGAAGCUGCUGAUGCUGCCUUACAUCAUAUGUACCUUUUUCUUUACAUUUUGUAUCCUCGUGGGAGCACUGAUGUGCUAUAGCAUGCGUAACGAUCUGGAGGAGUCACUGUUUUUGGGCUUGCGUGACGCCAUGCGCUACUAUAAAGAUACGGACAUGCCAGGCCGCUGUUACAUCAAACGCACAAUGGACAUGCUGCAAAUGCAGUUUCAGUGCUGUGGCAAUGGAGGCUAUCGAGACUGGUUUCACAUUCAGUGGAUCAGCAACCGCUACCUGGAUAUGACUGAUAGCGAAGUUGUAGAGCGACUGCGGAGUAAUGUGGAGGGGAAGUAUCUGAUCGACGGAGUGCCAUUUAGCUGCUGUGGCCUGCAUUCUCUUCGGCCCUGCAUCCAGCAUCAAAUCACUAACAACUCAGCACACUAUAAUUAUGACUACCGGAAGGAGGAGCUGAACCUGAACCGGAGGGGCUGCAGACAGGCCCUGCUGGAGCACUACACACAGAUAAUGCAGUCCAUUGGCUUAAUCGUUCUCAUCAUCUGGCUUUUUGAGGUGUCAGUGUUGACAGGAGUGCGUUAUCUUCAGACAGCUAUGGAGAAUGUGCUGAGGUUAGGAGACCCUGACUCUGAGUCUGACGGCUGGCUUCUGGAGAACAGCAUUGCGGACACUGCACGUUAUAACUUCAACAUCAUCAAGAACCUGGGAAAGUGCUACCAGGUAGAUGACGAUCCCAACAUAGAUGUACCAAGCAGCAGCCAGCAAGCACAAGAGAACGUGCCUGUAAAGCAAAUCCCUGUGGCCCCGUAGUACAAGAGACAUUGGACAUUACCCAGCCAUUUAACAACUGCAGCCUUGGAAAGGCAGAUCAAGCUCUGCAUUGCAGCCUUUGACUCUUUACUUGAUGCACACAAAGACGAAUGGACAUUAACAAUAAAACAUAAUGUAAAGGAGCUCUCAGCUGAAAGGCACUGCAUUGCAAUGUAAUCCUUGUGCCAUUCAAAAGAAAAAGAUUAUGAAAUGUGAAAUGCAUUUUAAGAUGCUGGGGAACAGGACUGAUUUAUAACACUGGUUAACACUGCUGUUAAGAAAGAUGGUAAUGGAAGACAAGCUUCCCUGUGCCUCUACCCUGUAAUGAAGAUUAUUUUGUCCAUCCUAAAAAUAUCUUUAAUGAUAAACAAAUUUCAGGUUAAUCUGAAAAGGGUUCAAUUAUAGGCCUUUGUUUUAUUACUAAGAAGCUAUUACCAUCAAUAAUGUAUAAAAUGCCUUUUUUUGUCUUUCACUCACUUACUUUACUUGUUUCACUGUAGGUCUGUAUUCAGUUUUCCUACUAGUAAACCAUUCACAUAU